AUGCGUCUCCUUCGAAAGGCCGUGCGGCCAGACGGUGAGGUGGAGGUGAAGGUGUGCGUCAGCACAAGUGAGGAUCUGUGGCAUCUUUACAAUCUAGUGCUCUGCGGCGACCAUGUGCGUACCAAGACGAAACGCAAGGUGGCAAAGGAGACGUCCACUGGCACCCAGGCGGCGGAGGUGCGCGUCGUUACGCUGGAGCUGGAGGUGCGGCAGGUGGAAUUCUCCCCCGAUGAGUUACGCCUCCACGGAGUCAACACGUCAGAAAAUGACUACGUGAAGCUGGGCGCACACCACACACUGUCGAUCCACACAUUCCCACCACAGGACCUCACCAUUGUGAAGAGGGAUUGGGACGAUAUCAUCGCCGCCCGUCUCCGGGAGGCGUGCGACAACGAGUCACGUUCAGAUACCGCCGCCAUCUUGAUGGACAACGGCGUGGCGAAUGUUCUGCUCGUCACCCCUUCGUUCAUGUACAGCAAGGCAAAGGUGGAGGUGAGUAUUGCCAAAAAGCACAAGAACGACGGUACGGCGCGGGAUAAAAGCAUCCAACGCUUCUUUAAACAGGUGCUGGACGCCAUAUGCACACACAUUGAUUUUGAGAAGAUGAAGUUGGUGCUCAUAUGUUCCCCUGCCCAUGUUCGUGAGGAGUUUAGGCAGUACAUGGAGUCGGUUACUGUGCACGCUGAAACUGGCCCGCUACGGAGUAUCCACAAGAACCUCUCAAAAGUGGUUCUUGUCAAGGUGACGAACAAUACGAAUGAUGCGCUUCGUGACGCCUUCGCAGAUCCUCUCGUCGCAAAUAAAAUGGACUCUACACGUUGCAGCGAUGAUAUUAAGGUAUGGAAGGGCUUCCAGGAUACGAUGAACAAUGACCCGGACCGCUGUGCGUACACCCCGCAGAUUGUUUACCAGGCGGCCAUGAUGGGCGCUGUGGGAACACUCAUGGUGAGUGAUGCUUUGUUCCGCUCCAGCAGCCCUGUUGAGCGGCGCUUUUAUCUCGCGCUUGUGCAGUUUGUAAAGCAGGGCGGAGGAAAGGUUAACGUGUUUUCUAGCAACCACGUCACUGGGGAACAGUUGGCACAGGUUGGUUCCAUUGCCGCCAUCCUCCUCUAUCCGUGUCCUGAACUCGAUGAUGUGGAGGUGAAGGAAAACUUCAUAAAUAGCGAGGAAGCCGCGGGAUUCAUUCGGGAAAAUGCCCCAACGCGUGUGACGGUCUGA